AUGAAUAAAACAAUGUGGUUUCGCUUGACUACCGUCUUAUUCAUGUCUUCGAUGUGUGUCUACUGCCUAGAUUACUACUACUACGAUCCGACAGUUUGUGAGAAUGUUCAGCCAGGAUUAUGGGUGCGGGACACAAUGGACUGCACAAUCGGCCACCAGUGUGGCUUUGACAUGGAAGUGGUUCAGUCGAUUCAGUGUAACUCCAGCCAAGUCUGGUCCAAGCUAGCUUCCGCUUGUGUUUGGGAAUGGGAUCCAGACAGGGAUGAUUGCAAUGGUCGUCCACAUACAGCUGUUCACACUGAAGAUGAUCCAAUAUGCCAACACAACGGUCAGGUGUCUGACCCAAAGAGUUGCCGACAUUUCAUCCAGUGUCUGAACGGCAAGAGAGUGCAAAGAAUUCAAUGUCCUCACGGCACAGCCUUCUCGGACAAGACACGUCAGUGUGAGUGGUACGACGAGGUCAAGUGUGGCAGCAGAGGGCUGUGA